AGCGAACCGGAAGACCCUCCCGCCUCCACGCCAGCUUCGACCCGGAGGAUUUCCAGCCACGACUGGCCCGCGCGGGCGGCCGGCACGCGUGUCCCCGCGCACGCACACGGCUUGCGAACGUCAGCCCUCACGCCGCCUCGUCCCCGUCGCGGGCCCGCACACCCGGUGGGCACGCGCACCCGCGGCGGGCGCUGAGAGCGCAGGGAGCAGAAGAUGGCUGUGCCUCCCACGUAUGCUGAUCUUGGCAAAUCUGCCAGGGAUGUCUUCACCAAGGGUUAUGGAUUUGGCUUAAUAAAACUUGACUUGAAAACAAAAUCUGAGAAUGGACUGGAAUUUACAAGCUCAGGUUCAGCCAACACUGAGACCACCAAAGUGACGGGCAGUCUGGAAACCAAGUACAGAUGGACCGAAUAUGGUCUGACGUUUACAGAGAAAUGGAACACUGACAACACACUAGGCACAGAGAUCACUGUGGAAGAUCAGCUUGCACGUGGACUGAAGCUGACCUUUGAUUCAUCCUUCUCACCAAACACGGGGAAAAAAAAUGCUAAAAUCAAGACCGGGUAUAAGCGGGAGCACAUCAACCUGGGCUGUGACGUGGAUUUCGACAUUGCCGGUCCUUCAGUCCGGGGUGCUGUGGUGCUGGGAUAUGAAGGCUGGCUGGCUGGCUACCAGAUGAAUUUUGAGACUGCAAAGUCUCGAGUGACCCAGAGCAACUUUGCGGUUGGCUACAAGACUGACGAAUUCCAGCUCCACACUAACGUAAACGAUGGGACAGAAUUUGGUGGCUCCAUUUAUCAGAAGGUGAACAAGAAGUUAGAGACCGCUGUCAAUCUGGCCUGGACAGCAGGAAAUAGUAACACUCGCUUUGGAAUAGCAGCCAAGUAUCAGAUCGACCCUGAUGCCUGCUUCUCGCUCCUGUAUUGGAUAUUAAGAAACCAGGCCCUGGCAUUUAGCAGUUGGCAUCUAAUCUUGCAGACUCAGUGGCAUUGCUCACGGACCUUUGAAUUGCUGCACGAUUUUUGCAUUAAAUCCUGUUGAAUUCAUCUCUGUUGUCAGAGGGCACUGCUAGCUGCAUCCCUUUUGGGGUGGAAUGAGGAAAUCUCGUGUUGCAGGACGGUCCUUACGUAAUUUAGAAACAGGCCAUUUGAAGUCUGAAAUGGCAUCGAAUAUGGCUCCUUUCACAUUAAGCACUUAGAAACAAAGGAAAAGGGGCCUUAGUAAUUAGAUGGGAUAAGCAAAAAGGAAGAGCCAGAUAGGGCACUGUCUGCCGGGAGAUCUUCCUACCCAUUGCUUUGUUCUUUCUCAUGGGAGUUGUCAGGUCUGAAAACAGCAUUCAAGCAGGAAAACAUGCACCGCGGUAGCCUCAGCUUUCCAGGACUUGGUGUUCUCAUGGCUUGAGAUGGCUCUGCUCCUGACCUCUCCUUAUUUCACCAGAAAGGGGCCAGAGAGAGGCCCGGAUUUCCCUACAACUCAGACAGAAGAAUGAGGGCAAAAUUAUUAUUGCCUCAACUGCUUUAUUGAACUUAAUUAUUUUUUUAAUUUUAUUUAUUUAUUUGAGAGAGAGAGAGCACAAGCAGGGGGAGAGGGAGAAGCAGACUCCCUGCUGAGCAGGGAGCCUGUUGCUGGGCUCGAUGCCAGGACCCUGGGACCAUGACCUGAGCCGAAGGCAGACCCUUAACUGACUGAGCCACCCAGGCACCCCUGAACUUAAUUAUUAAUCAGCAUUCACUGCUGAAAUUUAGGUGACUUGGCUAAGUCAUUCUUUUGCUCUACUACACAUUUUAAAUUCAGGCAUGGCAAUGCUGAAUCUUCUUCAUGUCACUGUGAAUUUUUUUUUAAAUAUUUAUUUAUUUGACAGCACAAGCAGGGAGAGCAGCAGAGGGAGAGGGAGAAGCAGGCUCUCUGCUGAGCAGGGAGCCCGAUGCAGGGCUCGAUCCCAGGACCCUGGGAUCAUGACUUGAGCCAAAGGCAGCCGCUUACCCAACUGAGCCACCCAGGCGCCCCGUUACUGUGAUUUUUCCCUUUUUCAUGAAGGGAAAAUUCUUUUUUUUUUUUUUAAAGAUUUUAUUUAUUUGAGAAAGAGAGCGGGAGAGAGCAAGAGAGAGCGCACACAAGCAGGGUCAGAGGGAGAAGCAGACUCCCUUACUGAGCAGGGAGCUUGAUGCAGGACUCCAUCCCAGGACCCCGAGAUCAUGACCUGAGCCGAAGGCAGACGGUUAACUGAGCCACCCAGGCGCCCCUAUGAAGGGAAAAUUCUAACAGUGUUAUGCCUUAAAAAAAGCCUCAAUACUCCAUCUGACAUUGGCUCUGUUUCCCUUAACCUAACAAAUAGAUUUUGAAGAAAUCUUCCAUAUAAGAAAGGCUUUUAUUUCUCUGGCCACAAAUGAAAGUGUCUUCACCUGUUAAAACUUAAAUACAGACCUAAUCAGUAUAAAUGAAAUUGGGCAUUCAUACCUUCAGGAAUCAAUUAAAUAAUAAUUUCCUUUUAAUUGACAGUUGUGUUGACUCUUUGAGUUUCUUUUCUGAGACUUAGCUCUCAGAUUUGAUAUAUUUCAUGUUAAAUUUAAUGAAUCCCAUAAACAAAGUGGUCAUGAAAAAGAAUUUGAUCCUGAAGUCCAGGGUUGGUUGAUUACAAAGCUCUUACUUGUUUUAGAGAUGGAAACAUG